AGCGUGGUCAAAGCGCGGAGUGCAGUGUUUCAUCGGGAGUUUUUGUAUUGUUUAACGCGUAAAGUUCACACAAAUUUAUCUAAAACCAGCUCAACAUUGUUCACGGUAGGCACCGAUAGUGCUCAACGUCAAGUAUGUCGCUAAAAAUCACAGGAAAGUCCGAAGGACAGCUGCAGUUGCACCUCUACACCAAGCAGAAACAAUUUGCCGUUCCGGAUGUUCCGUACUCGAUCCGUGCCAAUGUGAGCAACAAAGAGCUGAACGUAUUGAUCAAUACGUUGCUGAAGGAUUCCGGAAAUUCCGAAGCUGGCAAGGUGGAAUUCGAUUUCUUGCUGAAUGGAGAGUUUGUCAAAAUUCCACUGGGACAGCACUUGAAGGAGAGGGAUAUAUCGUUUGAAGACACCGUUGAACUGGAAUAUGUGGAACGAUACCCGGCACCGGAGCCGCAGGACUGUCUGCUUCAUGACGACUGGGUUUCAGCUGUCGAAGCCAAGGGUAACUGGAUCCUGACCGGUUGUUACGACAAUACGGUGAAUAUCUGGACCGCGAAGGGAAAGCAUAAGCUCACCAUUCCGGGCCACAUUGCACCGGUAAAAGGUGUGACAUGGAUAUCUUUGGAUGAAGAGAAGGGUGUAUUCGCCAGUGCAUCGCAGGAUCAAACGGUGAUGAUGUGGGAAUGGAAUGUGGCGGCCAAUUCGGUAGAAUGUGUACACGUUUGCAAGGGACACGAACGAGGAGUGGAUUGUAUUGCGGUGAACCGGAGCAAAACUCGAAUGGCCACCGGAAGUUGGGACACAAUGUUGAAGCUGUGGUCGACGGACCUAGAAGGCGAAGGCGAAGCGCAGCCUUCUACCAGUAAGAGACAGAAAUUGGACCAGGGGAAUGCAAGGACGCCGAUUCUUACCCUCGCCGGACAUCGCGAAUGCGUUUCGGGUGUACAGUGGAUUGACGACAACACACUAGUAACAUCUUCGUGGGAUCACACUAUCAAAAUAUGGGACUUGGCACUGGGUGGAGUGAAAUCGGAAAUCUGCGGACACAAAUCAUUCUUCGAUUUGAGCUAUUCCCAUUUAAAUGGAUUGAUCAUCGCCGCUUCCCCAGACAAGAACUUGAGACUGUACGAUCCUAAAUCAAACCAGGGUACCAUCGUGAAGAACACCUAUUUCGGUCACACCCAGUGGGUUCAAUCGGUAUGCUGGAGCACCACCAACGAGUACCUGUUUGUUUCGGGUGCGUACGAUAAUCAUGUCAAGUUGUGGGAUUACCGCAGUCCUAAGGCUCCCAUCUUCGAGCUGAUCGGUCACGAAGAUAAGGUACUCGCCUGCGAUUGGUCAAAUCCGAAAUUCAUCCUCUCGGGAGGCUCGGAUAACUCGGUACGUGUUUUCAAAUCGAAAAUCGCAAUAGGAGGAGAACAAAAGUAAAAUCCAGCGGCAUUCGUGAUUUAUUACAUUAUAUGUAUAAUGAAGUAUAAUAGAUUUUCGUAAACAUAA